AAAGAGCAUCCCCCACUUGGGAUUAGGAAUCCCACUAGUGUCUCCUUUGCCUCUACAUGUCAAUCCCCAUUAUUCUUUCUUUCCUUCUCAUACAUCUAUAAAUACUUGUUCUUGUCACCCUUUCCCUCCAUUUCUUCACCAACCCACCCCCAUCAAACUGUCACUCUGACUCAUUGGUUUCCCUGUCUCUCGUUGCAAGGGAUGUCUUAUCCUUGCCCAUUUCUGAAUAAAAUGGGAGCCAUGAUCUGUUGUAUGACUAAAGCAAACAAAUACAAGAAGUUGGAUAGGAAGUUAGAAAGGAAAAUAGUUGAAAUUAAUAGAUCUUCUUCUGCUGGACAAAGAAAUUUCAAGUCAAUUGAUACUGUUGUUAUGCGGUUCCCUCAGAUCAAGGAGGGACUCAAAACAUUAAAAGGAAUAUUUGUAGAGUAUGAUGAGGACUCUAAUGGAUCUAUAGACUACAACGAACUGAAAAAGUGCUUUGAACAAUUGCAAGUUCAUCUACCAGAGGAGGAAAUUAAGGAUCUAUUCCAUUACUGUGACAUUGAUGGAAGCAAGGGCAUACAGUUCAAUGAAUUUAUCGUUCUUCUAUGCCUCAUUUAUCUUCUAGAAGAACAUUCACCCUCUGAUAAUGUGGAGUUAACACAGCUGGGAAAAAUUUUUAAUACCAUAGUCGAAGUCUUUCUGUUUCUAGAUAAAAAUGGUGAUGGCAAGCUUAACAAGAAGGACGUGGUCAAGACCCUGAAUGAGACUUACUCUCGAGAAAGAUCCCCAGCUAACGUCACUAAGAUCCGAUUUAAAGAAAUGGACUGGGACAGAAAUGGGCAAGUCACUUUCAGGGAGUUCCUCUUUGGUUUCUUAAAAUGGGUUGGGAUUGAUGAGGAUGAACCGGAUCAUUAAGCAGAAAGUUAUGCUGCAGAUAUGAGUGAUUGAUUUUAGGCUUUGUUAAACGUGCAUGAAUUUAACUGUUAUAAGUAUUUUGUGCAAAUACGCUGGUGUACAGUUGUUUUAUUUUAUAUCUUUGAAGCAUAAUUGAACUCAGUGAUGUAUUUGGUCAUGAUUGUACUCUUUAAGCCCCCUAAUCUUUGCAUAUUUUACUGAAA